AUGACGAUAGCAACAACAGUAACAAAAACAAUAACAAUAACGACAAUGACAACAACAACAGCAAUGACAGCAAUAGCAACAAUAGCAAUAAUAGCAACAACAACAACAAUAACAGUAAUAACAACAAUAACAGUGGCAAUAGCAAUAAUAGCAACAACACCAAUUGUUGCAUAA